AUGGGAGAUAUCCCCAACAGGCAGACGGCUGAGCCUCAAGUUGACCGCCCACGGAUGGGAAAACAGUGGAUGGAAAUCAAUGGUCCUUCAAUCCUUGUUUGGGGAACUGUCUGCAUCCUCGUGAUGGCUUCAACUGGACUCUUUGUUCGCCUCUGGCGCCAGCAGAGAUCGGACCGUUCUGCCUCGAUGGCUACUACUGCGGAUUCAGAGGGCAAGAGUAAUGGCUUGGUUGAGGAACAGGCUGUGAUGGAGAAGGACGCCAACUUUCGCGUUCAAGUCUUGAGUGAUUUGAAGAUGUUAGAGGAUGAGGUCAAGAUGGCGAAGGAGUAUUUUGAGCAGUCGAGAAAGGAACUUGAGGAGCUGAAGAGGGACGCUAAUGCUCUCCUUGGUGCUCUGCAGCAGAAACGGGGUUGAUAUUCAUGUCAGAACUCACGAGGGAGGGAGGAGUGGUGCUGCAGUAUGGGGUGAUUGGGAAGACCUGGUAUCUUAAAGACCAAGAGUGGAGAGGUCAAAAAAGGAGACAUCGUUGUGAGCCUGUCGUGGAGUUCAAUAGCAUCCAUCCGCAGAAUUUCGUCAAAGGAUGAGCUGCUUGAUGUCAAUAAGAUGGACGCUUAGCAAUGUCGCCCCAUAUUUAUCAUUAUUAUCGGUUAGUCCAUUAACACCAACACAAUUACACAUCCCCUGCC